UCUGUACACUGUUUUAUCUUAUUUAUUAACACUUUAUUGCGGAUUACUGAAUUGCUGAAUUAUUUACAACUUUAUAACUUUUCAAAACACAGCAACAUCCAUAAGUGGAAAGUAAAUACAACCUUAAGCUAUCCAAAAUACAUUUUCUUGAAGUGAAAAGUAGCAGGAUAAGCCUUUGUUCAAAGAGUUUGCUAGUAGUUUCUCCUUUUUAUCGGUCUUUACUUUGUAGCUGAUUGAGGAGCAGAGAGCUGGAAGGAAAUGGAGUCCAAUGAGGCCAGUGUUCAAUACAACUGCUGGAAUGAAGACAACAUGAACAUGCAAGUGCUGCAUUCACAGUCCAGACUGAUUGAUCUCUAUAACAGACUGUGCAUCGAACGUCUUGGCAUUGUAAUGAAAGUGGCGGUGUCUUUGGCUGUGAUGGUAGUUAUAUACAUUAUUGGAUACAUCACAGGAUACUACGUUCACCGAUGCUGAAGAGGACACUAUAUUG